CUGUGCCACGUCAGUAGUAAUGCUGUUUCUCUCUAAGCUGUCACGCAGACUAAUGUAUUAGUAUCCUGCUGGAUCUCUGAGUAGACUUUUUGAACCAUUUAACAUGCAUUACUUUGGGGUUUGUUGUUUCAUCCUUAAUGUGAUCCUUGUUUGGAGCACAGAGGUUACUUUUGAGUUGCCUGACAAUGAUAAACAAUGUUUUUACGAGGAUAUAGAGAACGGUGUUAAGUUUGACAUAGACUUCCAAGUGAUUGCAGGUGGGAACUAUGACGUGGACUGCUUUGUGACAGAUCCACUGCACAACAUCUUGUAUCAUGAGCGAAAGAAGCAGUAUGACAGCUUCUCUCACACCACUGCCAUGGGGGGCGCCUACCAAGUCUGCUUCAGCAACGAGUUCUCCACAUUCUCCCAUAAAAUAGUGUACCUGGACAUCAGAACCGGUGAGGAGAGACCUCUCCUCCCGGUGAUGAACAGUGCAACAGCAUUGACUCAGCUGGAGUCCACUUGCCUCUCCAUCCACGAGAUCCUGAAGGUGGUGUCGGAGUCUCAGACGCGCUACCGCCUGCGGGAGGCGCACGACCGCAUCCGGGCGGAGGACAUCCAUGAGCGCGUCAACUACUGGUCGGUGGGCGAAACGGCGCUGCUGUUCGCCGUCAGCCUGGGCCAGGUGCUCAUGCUGCGAAGCUUCUUCAGCGACAAGAAGGGAAGCAUUGGCACCUAGAG